UCUGAAAAUAUUCCAAUCUCUUCAGAGAAAAUACUGAGGAUUGAGCAUGGACAGCACGAUGGUGACGUCAUCGAGCUCGUGGGGCCAGGCGCUGCUUCGGAUCUCUCCGUACACCUUCUCCGCCAUCGGAAUCGCUAUCUCGAUCGGCGUUUCCGUCCUCGGCGCCGCAUGGGGAAUUUAUAUAACGGGGAGUAGUUUAAUUGGUGCUGCCAUCAAAGCUCCUCGCAUUACCUCCAAAAACCUAAUCAGUGUCAUUUUCUGUGAGGCUGUUGCAAUAUAUGGAGUCAUUGUUGCUAUCAUUCUACAGACAAAGCUUGAUAGUGUGCCUAAGUCAAAGAUUUAUGACCCUGAAUCCAUGAGAGCUGGCUACGCCAUAUUUGCAUCUGGAAUUAUCGUGGGCUUUGCUAACCUUGUCUGUGGGCUAUGUGUUGGUAUUAUUGGAAGCAGCUGUGCUCUAUCUGAUGCCCAGAACUCAACGCUUUUUGUUAAGAUCCUUGUCAUCGAGAUAUUUGGCAGUGCACUUGGAUUGUUCGGUGUCAUCGUAGGCAUUAUAAUGUCAGCUCAAGCUACAUGGCCAACUAAGUAAUUUCUCAUGAAUACCAUCCUUUAUGUAACACUUUCCAGUUUUCUUCAUUGUUGUGUAGGGAGUAUAUUUUAAAAAUUAUUUUUUGUUGUCAUACAACCUUGGCGGAUAUUUGGAGCACCACAAUAGUCACUUGUGGUUUCUGUUUGUAAUUACUUUCGUUUAAUAAGAAAAAAACUGCCCAUUCAUAUUUC